CAGCAUACAUAUAUAAACCAACACUGAAUUGGUAAUGUGAGUUGGGAAAAAGACGCUAAAAUUUUUUUUCCGUCAUAAAUUUGUCUCUGGCAUUACAAGUACUGUUGCUUAAGAAAUUAUCAAAUAAAGUCGAAGGAAAUCUAAAAUAUUAAAAAUAAUUUCUAGAUUGCGUAAAAACGACUAAAAAAAAAAAUUAUAAAAUAUUUUAUAUAGUGCAGCGCGAUUUGCAACAAAAUGGCCGACAUUUCCAUUGAAGAAUUAAAAAAUGAAAUUCAUGCAAUAUUGAAAACAGCCGAUUUAUCGGUAAUAUCGGCCAAAAAGGUUCGCGAACAAGUUGAGAAAAAAUUGGAAUGUUCGCUAUUGAGUCGUAAAAAGGAAUUUGACAAGAUUGUGAUGGAUUUCAUUAAUUCACAGCAAGACGACGAAGGUUCCGGAAACGACAAAGAUGAUGACGAUGAUGCCAGCGGUUCGGAUGAAGAGGAGGAUGACGAUGAUGCCAGCAGUGAAGAUGAGAAAAAGAAUACUAAGAAACGUGCUCAGCCGACACAGCGCAAGGCUCCUGCAAAGAAGAAGCGCAAAUCACUAAACGCUUCGGACUCUGGCACCGAAUCAGAUGGCGGCUCUGAUUCAGAUUAUGAAGUACCCAAAAAAAAGGCAACCGCCAAAAAGAAGAAAAGCAGCGCUAAUAAGGAGGGUUCGUCUGGUCGCAAAUCGACUGGCUUUACCAGAUCCUAUAAUCUUUCACCGGAAUUAUCGGCUCUAAUGGGUGCCGAUGCCCUGCCACGCCAUGAGGUAGUUAAAAAAGUGUGGGCCAUUAUUAAGGAGCGCAAUUUGUACGAUCCUAAGAACAAGCAAUUUGCCAUAUGCGAUGACGAACUAAUGAAGGUAAUGAAGGUAAAACGCUUCCGCACCUUUGGUAUGUUGAAACACCUUAAACCACAUUUCCUGGAAUAAACUGACGCGCCGUUAAGGGGAAUAUAAAAGUAACAGCCAUUGCCGAUGUCAAUAUUUGGCAAUUUCAGUAGUUUUUAAUCUCUUGCAAAUUAAUUUUUUUUUUUUUUACUAUUCAAAUUUUUGUCACAUGCUUUCAGUUUCUUUAAUAUUUUCGUUUA